CGCCCAGUGUGUUGUGGAGUGAUUCCUGUUUCCUGAUUCCAGUGUGUUGUGGAGUGAGUCCUGCUGUCACUUCCAGGCCGGAUCCUGACAGCCAAGGCUGGGGAAAGGCUCCAAGGCAUCUUAGGGGCUUUGUAGCCCCAUUGAGACUCCAUCCUUUGGACUUUUGGACCAGAACUGACCUCCUUCAAAGCACAGUUCUUCUGACAAUGUCAAGUAUUGUUUCCUCCUGGAUUAUCACCUCGACCAGAAGCACGCUCUCCACUUUGCAUGGAAAAGGACUUUUGUACUCCAGGUGCAUUUCAGGUCAGUGUACAGGACCGCGGAGGAAUUUGUUUACCAACCCUCCCUUUUCUUCUUUCCUGGCAAGUGGCAAACGCAGCAAGAACAAGGUUGUCACUGUGAGAAAAGCUUUCCGACACACCUCGACGGAAGAAGAAGACUUCUCUUUCCACCUGACGCCGUCCCAGAUCAAUGACAUUUUAAGGGCAAACGAGCUGUCCCAUGCCAUCCCUGAAUUUGAUGGGAAGAAUCCAAGCUCGGUCCUGCAAUUUGAGAGCAACCACUUGGCUGCCAACAGCCCACCAGAAGACCGCCGAAGUGCAGCUACCUGCCUACAGACCAGAGGAAUGAUGUUUGGGGUUUUUGAUGGCCAUGCAGGUUAUGCCUGUGCUCAGGCAGUUAGCGAACGGUUGUUUUCCUAUAUUGCUGUUUCCCUUCUGUCUCAAAAGAAGCUAGAGGAAAUGGAGUUGGCCAUGGAGUCUAUGAAACCCAUCCUGCCUAUUCUGCAGUGGCACAAACAUCCAAACGACAGCUUCUUUCAAGAGGUCGCCUCACUGUACUUGGAACGACUCAGAAUAUAUUGGCAAACCUUACUCAACAUGGACCUGGAGCCAGGCCUUACAAUAGAAGAAGCCUUGAUCCACGCCUUUAAAAGGCUGGAUUCAGAUAUUUCAUUGGAGGCUCAGGCUCCCUCAGAAGAUGAAUUGAUCAAAAACAUUGCUCUCCAGGUGGCUUUUUCAGGUGCAACAGCCUGUUUGGCUCACGUGGAUAGUGUUCAUUUGCACAUUGCCAAUACUGGUGACAGCAGAGCAGUCCUAGGAGUUCAAAACAAAGAUGGGACGUGGUCUGCUCUUCCUCUGACGCGAGAUCACAACUGCUUCAACAAACUGGAAAUGUUAAGGUUGAAAAGGGAGCACCCGCCAUCUGAAGAUGGCACAGUGAUUGUGAACAACAGGUUACUGGGAGUCCUCUUGCCUUCAAGGGCGUUUGGAGAUGUCCAGUUCAAGUGGAGCCAAGAUCUGCAUCAGAGUGUGUUAGGAAACGGUUGCGACAUGGAGGCUCUGAACAUUUAUGACUAUGUGCUUCCCAAUUGUCACACACCUCCCUAUUUAACUGCAGAGCCAGAAAUCACUUACCACAAACUCAGAAGGCAGGAUAAAUUUUUAGUUAUUGCAUCAGAUGGUCUGUGGGACAUGUUGAGUAAUGAAGAAGUGGUCAAGCUUGUUGGAGACCAUCUAGUUCAUGGGGAUGUCCAGAAAAGACAGGCGGCUUUCAAAAAACCAGCCAAUCUGGGUUACAUGCAAAACCUGCUUCUUCAGAGGAAAGCCCGGCAUGUCCACUCUCCUGACCAGAACGUGGCCACCCAUCUCAUCCGCCACGCAAUUGGCAAUAAUGAGUAUGGGGAGAUUGAUCCGGAAAGGCUCAUGGCAAUGCUGAGUCUUCCAGAUGACCUGGCGCGCAUGUACAGGGAUGACAUCACAGUCACAGUGGUAUAUUUUAAGUCCGAUGUAAUUGAUGCUUUCUACAGAGAGAAUGAUUAAGGUACCAACAACAACAAUAAUGUAUUGUUGAAGGCUUUCAUGGCCGGAAUCACUAGAGUUGUUGUGGGUUUUCCGGGCUGUACGGUCAUGUUCCAGAAGCAUUCUCUCUUGAUGUUUUGCCUGCAUCUAUGGCAGGCAUCCUCAAAGGUUGUGAGCUUUGUUGGAAACUAGGAAAAUGAGUUGUCGAAGGCUUUCAACACUGGAAUCACUAGGUCCUUGUGGGUUUUUUCGGGCUAUAGGGCCAUGUUCUAGAGGCAUUUUCUCCUGACGUUUCGCCUGCAUCUAUGGCAAGCAUCCUCAGAGGUAGUGAGGUCUGUUGGAAUUAGG